UUCCGUUGAUCGGAUCAGCUGGAACCCUUGAAGUCGUAAGCGACAGAGUGCCAAAAACAACAACAAUGCAUCCUCGAAUCACGAAAGAGAUUCCGUGUUUCGUAAGGAAGUGACGUCACGGCUCCAACCGUCGAACCGCGAACUUCGAACUAAUAUUACUGUCUUCUUGUUACAAACACUUCGGUCAGUCGACAAUGGAUAAUGCGAAAACAUUAGGUGAGCUCUUUAUACAGUUUCAAGAGAGAUUAGAUGUUAUAAAUAAUAUGAUCAGCUUAAAAGAAUGCAAAGAAGAAGAUUGGUAUGAGACAUCAAUGUCAAGCAUUUUCAACCAGUUAUCAACUUUUGAAGUUACAUUUGCUGCAAUGAAAAGCCGUCUCAAGGAUUUCAGAGAAGCUUUGGAAAAUGCAAAUGUUUUAAAGGAGAAUUUGAAAGAAACAAUUGAAAUUGCCAUGCAUAUGAAGGAGAACUUACCAGAACACUUUAACAAUAAUAAAGCCACAAUUAAAAUCACUCUUGAUUCUGCCAGUGUUUCCGAAACGAAUUCUGCCUGUAACUUAAAGGAGAACACAAAAAAGAAGGUAAACCUGUCUCCAGCAGAAGUUCCUCAAAAAAUCACAGAAAACAAGAACCUGUUGGAGAAGGAAGUAAAAUAUAUUGAGUUCCUCACUGUGCCACAGUUUGAUUCCAUUCCAAAAUAUAUGAAGGGCCGAAUUACAUACAAGCUGGUUAACAAUGUCAUUGAGGAACUGACCAAAUGCUUUGAAGCUAAGUACAGCAUAAUGUCUCUCAAGAGGAAAGCUGUUCCAGAGAAGAAGAAGCAUAUAUAUGAAAUGUAUAAAGCUCAAGAGACUGCUGAUACUGAAGGUGUGUACUUCAUUGUCGAAAAUGACAUGAAAGAGUACAGCAAACUUCGCAAUGCUCCAACAACUCGAUCCAUUCUGGUGAUGCUACGGCAUGUUGGUCUAAUCAGAGAAAUCCGAGGAGGUGGUCUUGUCCGCUAUGCUGCCACAUUCUACUGACUGUUUUCCUCUCUCUCUCUCCCUCACACCCACACACAAUGACUAUAAUUGUUUCAAUUUGUUUAUUAUUAGUGCAGUAUGGAUCUGCCAUCAGCACCUUUGAUUCCAGCAUGUUCAAUUCCAAAGCUCUGCCAAACCAUCUGCUUAACUGGGCUUGACCGAAAAUGGUCACUCAAAACCAGUUCAAGAAUACACUGCAGGCAUGGCUAUGUAGUUAAGAGGUUUGCUUCAUGACCACAUGGUUUGUGGUCCGGGCCUACUGGGCAGCACCUUGGGCAGGAAUCUUCAGUGACAGCCAAAUGUUUACUAAUUCGUUGUGAGUGUAAUAGUUUAAUACAAACUGUAUGGAAGCCCAUCAUUAAUGUGUGUGUGUGUGUGUGUGUGAAGGCAAAAGAAUCAUUAGCAUGCUAGUUAAAAGUUUUAGCAUUUCAUCUGUCUUCGUGUUCUGAGUUCAGAUUCUACCAAGGCCAACUUUGCAUUUUGUCCUUUCGGGGUCAGUAGAAUAAGUACCAAUUGAGCGCUAGGGUUGAUAAGAUAAGUAUCAUCUCAGUGCUGGGGUCAAUGUAAUCGACUUACCCCCAACCCCUAAAUUGCUGGCCUUGUGCCAAAAUUUGAAAUCAGUAUAUGUGUGUGUGGGUGUGUGUCUGUAUACAUUUGAAAGUUUACAUUCUGUAUUUUGCAAAGAUGAUAUGAUGACAUUCUCUCUCAAAAAAACCCCCAAAGAUUCUCCACAAUGACUUAGGGUGUGUGAGUAAGAAGUUUGCUUCCCAACUGCAUGGUUUCAGGUUCAGUUCCACUGCAUGGCACCUUGUGCAUGUUUUCUACAGCCCUGUAGCAACCAAAACCUUGUGAGUGGAUUCUUUGUAUUGCCUGUGUGUAUUUCCAGCUCCAAGCUGCAUCAUUAAUUUUCAGUAUUCUGCGUAACCAUGCCAUGGAAAAAUAUUACAUUGCUUGGAAAUAGAUGAGAGCUGGUGACAAAAACAAGGACAGGAAAAAAUGGAGAAUGUUACACAAAUACAAAUAACAGGACAUAACAACAGGUGUCUUUUGACUAAGGACGAAUUAAAUUAAGCUGGCAUGUGUGGAAGUAAAGCCCUACGGCAGGGAUACAGGAUUUCACAGGCACAUAUAUGUAUGUAUAUUUAUUUAUGUAUAUAUGUUUAUGUGUAUUUAUAUAUAUAUAUAUAUAUAUAUAUAUAUAUAUGUAUCUAUAUAUGUAUAUUUAUGUAUAUAUAUUUAUCAUAGUCCUCCAGACGAUAACAGAGGAAUUCAAGACAAAAUACCCCUGGGGGCUCCUCUAUGCUGAUGGCCUUGCACUAAUUGCUGAGUCACUAUCAGAACUAGAGGAGAAGUUUCAGGUGUGGAAGCAAGGACUAGAAUCGAAGGGCUUUAGAGUCAACCUAGCUAAAACCAAUGUCCUAAUAAGUAGGAAGGUAGACAAAACACAAACCCCUUCAGGUAGAUGGCUCUGCUCGAUCUGUAGAAAAGGCGUAGGUAGAAACUCUAUCAGAUGUACCCAGUGCAAGCUAUGGACACAUAAGAGGUGCAGCAAUAUCAAAGGAAGGUUAACUAGGAAGUUACUUUUUGUAUGUAGCAGAUGUUCAGGAGCAAUAAACACUGAAAAUGUACAAAAAACAACUUUGCCCACAUUCCAGGGAGAAAAACUAGACUUAAUUGAUAGCUUCCGCUAUUUAGGUGACCAAGUUAGUAGUGGAGGAGGGUGUGCUGAAAGUGUAGCUGCUAGAAUAAGAAUAGCUUGGGCAAAGUUCAGAGAGCCCUUACCUCUGCUGGUGACAAAGGGCCUCUCACUCAGAGUAAAAGGCAAACUGUAUGACGCAUGUGUAUGAACAGCCAUGCUUCAUGGCAGUGAAACAUGGGCCGUGACUGCUGAGGACAUGCGUAGGCUCACAAGGAAUGAAGCUAGUAUGCUCCGAUGGAUGUGAAAAAGUGCCACACCCUAGCAGUUGAGGGAACCUGUGGAAGAGGUAGGCCUUGAUUCUAAAGUCCUUAUACUCUCUUUCUCUUUACUCUCUUUUACUUGUUUCAGUCAUUUGGCUGUGGCCAUGCUGGAGCACCACCUUUUUAGUCGAGCUAAUCGACCCCAGGACUUAUUCUUUGUAAGCCUAGUACUUAUUCUAUCGGUCUCUUUUGCCAAACCGCUAAGUUACGGGGACAUAAACACACCAGUAUCAAUUGUCAAGCGAUGUUGGGGAGACAAACACAAACACACACACACAUAUAUACGACAGGCUUCUUUCAGUUUCCGUCUACCAAAUCUACUCACAAGGCUUUGGUCGGCCUGAGGCUAUAGUAGAAGACACUUGCCCAAUGUGCCACGCAGUAGGACUGAACCCGGAACCAUGUGGUUGGUAAGCAAGCUACUUACCACACAGCCACUCGUAUGCCUAAAAGUUCUAUUAAUAUGUUUUAAUGGUUCCACCCCCCCUUUUUUUUAAACUUAAUUUUAUUGACUCUGACAAGAUAGGAAUGAAGAGGUCAUCCAGCUUGCUGGUCUAUCUCGUAUGCUGGAAAUCCUCAUUGAUAGAAAUUUACAUUGGUUGGGACACAUCCACAGGAUGGACAACAGCAGACAACUCCAUUACUCCCAACUAUGUGGGAGGUGUGGGGAAAGAAACCAUGGAAGACCUAGUCUGGGAUUCAAGGAUACUGCAAAAUGGAAUACGAAGUGAAAAGGAAUUGAUCAUAAUAAAUGGCAGAUUCAAGUGAAAAACUGACCAGUAUAAAGAUAGCUUAUCAAGUCAUGCCCAAGCUACAAGCAGUCAUGAUCAUGAUGACUAACUACAGAUAAUAAUCCUUUCUACAGGGUGUCCACAAAGUCUGGUACAUGGGGAUUAACACAUACUUUAAGAAAUUAUUAUUUCUUAUAUUUGUUUGUUAUGAUUUUAUUUACUCCAUGUACCCAGACUUUGUGGACACCCUGUACAAUAGGCACA